GGGGGGCCGGGACCCAGGGACCCCCCGCCCGGCGAGACUCACAAGCUGGUGGUCGUGGGCGGCGGCGGCGUGGGCAAGAGCGCGCUGACCAUCCAGUUCAUCCAGUCCUACUUCGUAUCUGACUAUGACCCCACCAUUGAGGAUUCCUACACAAAGAUCUGCUCUGUGGAUGGCAUCCCCGCGAGGCUGGACAUCCUGGACACUGCAGGUCAAGAGGAAUUUGGUGCCAUGCGGGAGCAGUACAUGCGUGCUGGCAACGGCUUCCUGCUGGUGUUUGCAAUCAAUGACCGACAGAGUUUCAAUGAGGUAGGCAAGCUCUUCACUCAGAUCCUCAGAGUCAAGGACCGCGACGAUUUCCCCAUUGUGCUGGUUGGGAACAAAGCAGAUUUGGAGAUACAGCGCCAGGUCCUCCGAUCUGAAGCGUCCACUUUCAGUGCUGCCCGCCACAUGGCUUACUUUGAGGCCUCAGCCAAAUUGCGUCUGAAUGUCGACGAGGCAUUUGAGCAGCUGGUCCGGAGUGUCCGGAAAUACCAGGAGCAAGAACUCCCUCCUAGCCCUCCCAGUGCUCCCAGGAAGAAGGGUGGGGGCUGCCCUUGCGUCCUGCUGUAGCCAGCUAGCCCCAGGCGGCCAGCACAAGCUCUCCCGGGACCAGCUGCCUCAUACUCGUGUGGCCUGAGGCUCUAGCUGAGCCCCAGUCUCCUCUGGGUUUUCCAGGACACACUACACCCUCGACCUUCACUUCCUGGCCUCCCAGGGCCACUGAGUGCCUUCUGUCAAUACCUCCUUUCCCCACCCAAGCCCCUGGUGGGAUAGGAGCUCCUUGUCACUGCUGUAUAUAAGUCCCAUCUUUCAGAAAAAUAAACAUCACUGCCUACA